GAAGGUAGAUAGAGCCACACUCCACGCUCGGGCCAGAGUGGGACAACAGCUGUUCGUCGAACUGUGUUUUAGAAAUAAAAAAUGUAAACAGAUAGAGUGGACUGCUGCACAAUACGUUCACAUUUUUAAUCUCGGUGCUUCUUUGAUUGGAUUUUCACUACGCACGCAAUUGCCUACGCUUUUUCAUCACUCUAACGAUAAUAAUUAGAGAAAAAGCAGCUCGCUAAACUUGAGAUGGAGAAUGCGCCGCUGAAUAAGGCUCACUAUCAAGCUCGAUGUGCGGCUAACCACUCAGACGCAAAAAGGUACAGCAAAGCUGCAGAGUGCCACAGGGCUGCUGCCGCACUAAUGGAUGAAGCCCUCGAGUGCACCAACGAGCCAAAGGCGAUCGAAAGCCUGACACUGCAGAAGAAGUACCAUCUCAGAAUGGCGGAAUUCACCAUUGAGAAUAAAAUCGCUCAUGAGAAAAUGUUGAAAGAUCAAGAUCAUUGGCAGCAAAGCUAUUCGCAGGUGAGACCAGUUCAGAAUCAGCAAGAAGGCUCUAAACUGCACAAGGAUAUCUUCAGAACAAUGGAGGAGGCUGACUCGCUGAUGGCGAACCUGCUUCAUAAGGAUGAGUCUGCGGCAGAACCUGUGAAGGAGGUGUCAGAGCCAGCUCCGAUCAGAGGCAUCAAACAUCCCAAGGGCGACAGCAUGGUCAUGGAGGAGCUCAAGACGCUGACGCAGAUUUUGCACAACCAGGUGAAGCAGCUAGUUAAUCAGCUGGACGAAAAAGACAAGGAGAUUGGUACCCUGAGGAAUCAUGUGCAUAUCCUCGAGGAACACUUAGAGGCCUGCUUCAACGCAGGUCUGACCACGACCCCCGCCCCUGUCAAUCCAGUGCCAAGCGCCAUACGCACCACUCCCAAGACCGAAGAGACUGACUUCAUUGACACCAGAACGCUGCCUGUUUUGGCCCCUCUCGAAAUGCCCAAUUUUGACUUUUCGCUAAUCGGCAGCAAGAGUGACAACAUCACAAGAGGCGAUGAUGAUGAGGAGACAUUGUGAUUAGUGGCAAUUUCAAACUUUGAUUCUUAUGAGGAACAUGUGAGGGCUCAUUUUGGUUAAUUACGAACUUGAAAAGUUUGUGUUCUUCCCAUGAUGAACCAAUAUAACUGAUAUUAUGAUGUCUUUUCGAAUUAUGGAGAUACAUUUUUAUUGAAAUUUUAGCUAUAAUCAAAAUCUGAUUUCAAAUCCAGUUUUAGUUCUUCGAAUUCAAUAUAAUGAGACAAAUCAAUUGAUGUGCCACCUUUGAUCUUUCGAGAAGUCCAUAAUUAUUUUGGUCUGGGACAGAAAAUUGAGAAUAGCUUAUUCAGAGGAGAAUUGCUCAAUUAACUUUUUAACCUAGCUCCUCUGUGGAACCAAACGUUGGGAAUGUUGAAAAACUGCUAGAAAAUUUCUGGCUCAUUUAAAUUAAGAAUCAGCUGUCAGGAGUGUAUGGUUUAUUGCUAAACGAUUUUGUCAUUUGGUGUUCCAAAUUCCAAAGCCCAACAUACAAUGAGGAAAAAUGCAUUGAUAGAAUUGUCUUAUUAAAAUGUAUCAAUAGAAAAUUUAUUUUAAAAAAAUUGAAACACUAAGUCAUUUUCUAUUUUAAUCAUAGCUCAUAGCACUGUCAACUGGAAUAUUUUUGACCUGUGGACCUCGUUUAUACCACAGGUUUUAUACCAGCUUGAAUCAAAUCAAAUUUUAAGAGAAUCUAUGCAGCAUGUUCCUUGUUAGUGUCCUCAUUGCAAUUGUGGACCCUAUUGUUCCUAGGUUCGUUUUUAGUUACUUUUGGGCUGACUGUCAAUUCUGGGCCAAUGUGAUUUUUUUUAUUAUUAACUCUCUUAAUUGAAAAACAUAUUAAUACACUUUUAUUUUGCACAAA